AUGCUCUCCUCACUCUUCUCCCGCGGCAGCGACCAGCCCUCAUCACCUCCGGCGUCAACAUCAAACCCCCAAGACACGCCCUCCUCCUCAACAACCCAAAACCACACAUCCACAACCACCGCCGAAACCAAACCCGAAAAUGAACCCCUCCCAGAACUUCGCUUCAUCAAACCCACCACAAAACACAAGCUCCUCCUCGGCGGCCUCGCCUUCAUGACCUUCAGCCUGAUGACGACGCGGCGGGCGCUGAAGCGGCGCUGGCUCGCACAGAUCCCGCCCUACUACACGAGCGCGCCGUACCACCGCCCGAAAGUAAACGGCGGCGUGGAGGCCUUCGAGGCGCUGAACCUGGCCACUCUGAAUGUCAUCUCGUUCGGCAUGGUCGGCACGGGGGCGGCGAUGGUGGCGCUCGAUAUCAAUCGCGUGGAGGAUAUGCGGCGGUUUGUAAGGCGCGAGUUUAAUGCUGAUGGGGAGGAGGUGACGAAGACGGAUCAGGAGCUGGAGGAGGAGGUGGCGGCUUGGGUGGGGAGUGUGUUGGGGAAGAAGUUUGAGAGGGAGGUGAGGAAGGAACAGUUGGAGGGGAAGGAUGGUGCUGGUGCUGCUGCUGUGAAGGAGGAGAAGAAUUGA